AUGGCAACAACCGAGAAACACACCGAAGACACCCUCGACGUGCCCCUGGCUACGGGCGCCAACAUCUCGACCACUUCGCUGGUCACGCCCCCGUCUCGCGUACCUACCACCGACGGCUCCGGCUCCGGCUCCGGCUCAAAUUCAACACCAACAACACCACCACCACCACCACCACCACCACCGGCACGACCGCGAAUGACGACAUCACGGUCGGAAUACUACCAGGAAAAAUUGGCCGAGAUAUACUCCCGCGCGACGGUCGACGACGCCUUGAACGUGGUGUUUGAGCAGGACAAGAACGGAUCUUCGACCGGCCCCGUCACGGCGUCGAUGCUGUACCCCGCUUCACGGGCCCGGGUCGCGACAAAAGUCAAGGCGGGCUCGUUCGUGGCCGAGGCCGCCGACUUCGCCGCCGUCGUGUGCUGGGAGCCCCCCGACGCCGUGGCGCGUCCGCUCUCCGAGCCCGAACUGCAGGAGCUGGCGAAGGGCCGACCCGUCUUCGCGAAGUUCGUGCGCGACCAGCAGGCGGCCAGGGCCGCGACGUUCGGGACGGACCAGCCGUACUGGAACAUGACUCUGAUGGCCAGGGACCCGGAGCGCAGCGACAGGGGCGCGGUGAGGGCGGUGAUCGAGCCGUUCGUGGCCCGGGCGAGGAAGGACGGCGUGCCAAUGUGGCUCUGUGCUGCGAACGAGAGGGCGAGGGACGUAUAUGCCUAUUUCGGAUUCAGGGUUGUCGAGGUCAUUUAUUCCGUGGUCGAAGCGAAAGGCGACGGUGACGCCGACGGUGACGCCGACCAAGUAGAUCAGCAGGGGAAGAACAAGAAGAAGACGAUUGUCCCGACUUGGUGCAUGUGUUGUAAUUGGCCCGUAGAGCCUGUGCGCGAGAAAGAGGACGGCCAGAGCGAGAAGAGCGGGAACGGGAAAGGGAACGGGUUGUGA